AUACCACCAAUUCGGAAUCUGUGGGACUUAUGGGUGGAGCGUCUCCCUCUAAUGUUCAACCCUGGUUCAGAGGUAACGGUGGAUGAGUGCCUGGUGCCAUUUCGAGGUAGAUGCUCAUUCAAGCAGUACAUGCCUAAUAAGCCGGCGAAAUAUGGAUUGAAAAUCUGGGCAGCAUGUGACGCCAGGAAGAGUUACGCAUGGAACAUGCAAGUUUACACCGGCAAGCCUCGAGAUGGCCAGCCAGAGAGAAACCAGGGCAUGCGUGUGGUCCUUGAUUUGACCACUGGUCUCCAGGGUCACACAGUCACCUGUGAUAAUUUCUUCACUUCCUAUGCCCUUGGCCAGGAGCUCCUGAGAAGGAAGUUGACCAUGGUUGGCACAGUUCGCAAAAACAAACCUGAACUCCCACCUGCUCUAUUAACGACGAGAGACCGAACUGUGUUUUCCUCUCUUUUUGCGUUCAAUGAAACACACAGUCUUGUGUCGUAUUGCCCCAAAAAGCAUAAAAAUGUGCUGCUCAUGAGCACAUGUCACAAGGAUGGCAAAAUCAGUGACAGGGAGGACAAGAAGCCAGAGGUCAUCUUGGACUACAAUCGCUGCAAAGGCGGAGUUGACAACCUUGACAAGAUGGUUGCAUGCUACAGCUGCAAGCGAAAGACUAAUCGAUGGCCAAUGGUUGUCUUCUCCACAAUCCUCGAUGUUUCGGCCAUAAAUGCCUUUGUGGUGUGGAGAGAAGUCAAUCCAUCAUGGGAGAGAGGGAAGAGUAUAAAAAGGAGGCUCUUUCUAGAGCAGCUGGGAAAAGCUCUGGUGUCCCCUCAAAUGGAGCGACGACAACGAGUGCCUCGUACACCAGCCUCUGCAGCAAUUCUGAAGAGACAACAACAGCAUUCGUCCAACGAGCCAGGGCCAUCCACUGAUCCACUCCAAAAAAGAAAACGGUGCCAGGUUUGUCCAUGGGCAAAGGACACCAAAACUGACAAGCAGUGCACAAACUGCAAAAGAGCCAUUUGUGCUGCUCAUACGGUGUUCCUGUGCCAGAUGUGCGUGGACUGAUUAUAGUUUUACAUUUUGUUUUACAUGUUUUUUUGUAGCUUGUUAUUGCUUUUUAUGUUCAGAAUUUUAUUGGAAAAAAUGUUAGAAUGUUAGAUUAGAUGUUCACUCUUAUUGCUUUUGUUUUCAUAUUAUUUAUUUUAUUUAUUUUGCAUUCUAAAGUUAAUUAUUUAUUUUUACACUUUGUUCAAUAAAAUCAACAAUGUGCAACUAAAAUCUGACUCCAAGUCUUGUCCUUUAGG